UGGGCGGGCUGGGGCUGGAGGGCGCGCCGGGGCGGGGUCCCCGCGGGCCGCCGGGCGCGGGGCUGCCUCCCAGGCCCACCUGAUGCUGCCCGGGCCGCCGCCUGACCUCCUGGUGGGUGGGGCCAGGCCUCUCACCUGGACCGAGCCCUCUGCCCGUCCCACCCUCCCGGGAGCCGCGAUCUCGGAACCCGCUCGCCCCCCGCCCUGCAGCUCUGCUGGGCCGGGACCCCCGUCCCCGCCUGCGGGUUCCCGGGAGGGGGCUGCCCUUGCUGGGCAGAGGGCCGAGGCUUGGCGCGGGAGCAACGCGGGCUCCCCCUGUGUCCGCAGCGCCGUGGGGAAGACCUGUUUGCUGAUCAGCUACACGACCAACGCCUUCCCGGGAGAGUACAUCCCCACCGUUUUCGACAACUAUUCCGCCAACGUGAUGGUGGACGGGAAGCCGGUCAACCUGGGGCUAUGGGACACGGCCGGGCAGGAAGACUACGACCGGCUGAGGCCGCUUUCCUACCCCCAAACUGACGUCUUUCUGAUCUGCUUCUCCCUGGUGAGCCCGGCGUCCUUUGAGAAUGUGCGAGCCAAGUGGUACCCAGAGGUGCGACACCACUGCCCCCACACGCCCAUCCUCCUGGUGGGCACCAAGCUGGACCUCCGUGACGACAAGGACACCAUCGAGCGGCUGCGGGACAAGAAGUUGGCACCUAUCACCUACCCCCAGGGCCUGGCCAUGGCCCGUGAGAUUGGUGAGCUCUGUCAAGUACCUGGAGUGCUCAGCCCUCACUCAGCGGGGCCUGAAGACGGUGUUUGACGAGGCCAUCCGGGCUGUGCUCUGCCCACCCCCGGUGAAAAAGCCGGGGAAGAAGUGCACGGUCUUCUAGAGAAGGAGCCCCGCCCGCCCGUGUUCGCCGUCGUGUUGAGAUGUUUGGUGUCCCGGAGUCUGCUGUGGGGGAGUGGUGUGGGUGGGGAGGGGGAACAAGCAUGGGGACAAGGCCACCACUCCUGGGGACAGGGCUGGGGCAAUGGAGUCGUCUGCUCUGUCUCCUCUUUCUGGGGGCACAGCUCCAGCUUGACCUGGACCCCACGGGAGGCUGGAAGGGAGCAGGGUCUCCCUCAGGCUGCAGGGGCGGGUCCAGGGCAGCCCCAGGAUGGGCUUCCUGAUGGGGGAGGUUGGGGGGAUGGGUCCUGUUCUUGUGCCCCAGGAUGGGGGUGGCCCUUACUUCUUUUAUACAAUAAACAUUCUCCGCCAACA